CAGCUCUAUCAGAGACCUGCAGCUCCACCAGAAACCUGCAGCUCCAUCAGAGACCUGCAGCUCCAUCAGUGGAAGGUGUAGUUUCUCUUUGUUUGCUGUGACCUGUUCGUGUGGCAGGAAGUGGUUUUGUGUGUUCACGCAGUGUCUUGUUUACCUUGAUGAGCAGUGGAUUGGUCAGCAUGGAGUCUCUGACCACGCCCAGCCUCGGUGAAGACAUGCUUCCUCUGUGACUGAUGAUGAAGACUGGUGAUGAAGAGCAGGUACUGCAGGUGUGUACUGCGGUGGAAACGAUGGUUAAACGUGGAGACAAAGCAGGAAACCACAACCAACUGAAAGUCCACUUCCUGCUCCGCAGCCUCUGAUCCGUCGUGGAGAUUUAAACUUUCAGAAAUGAGAUGAUGAUGAAACGAACAGCUGCUGAACUCAAAUGAUGAAGGCCAUGUGAUACAGCGGAAAAGGGUGACAGAGUGGGACGUCUGUCUUCUGUCCUGGUCUCUGCAGUGAACAGCCGGAGCUGUUAGCGGAGCGGCUGCUCUCAUGUCUCCCCGGGGCUCUCCGUUUGUUCUCGGGAGAAACUCACCAGCUCUCUAACAUCCUGUUCUCGGCGCGUCUCUCCCCGGACGGCAGGGAUGUUCCGGUUCUGGUUUAAAGCGGCGGUCGUCGUCUGGCUCGUCCCCGGGUGUCUGGGAGCCGCAGCCCGCCUGUACACGGAGGAGGACCCGCUAGUCAUCCUGAGCAGCAGCAGCUUGAAGCCCACCGUCAGAAACUCGUCCUCGGCCUGGCUGGUCCAGUUCUUCUCCUCCUGGUGUGGACACUGCAUCCAGUACUCCAGCACAUGGAAGGCUCUAGCACAGGACGUCAAAGACUGGCAGCAGGCGGUGGGGGUGGCGGUGUUGGACUGUGCUCAGGAGGAAAACUUUGACGUGUGUAAAGAGUACGGCAUCAAGUUCUACCCAACAUUCAAAUAUUUUCGGGCUCACAGUCCAGAGACGGACAGAGGGACGACCUACAGAGGUGCAGACAGAGAGAUUCAGUCAGUGAGACAGCUGAUGGUCAACAUCCUGCAGAACCACACCAAGCUGGACUGGCCUGAUCACUGCCCCCCACUGGAACCAUUCAGCUCUGUGGAGCUGCUCCCUGUCUUAGGUCAAAGGUCAGACCACUACACUGCCAUCAUCAUAGAAGAACCGGACUCCUACGUAGGACGAGAGGUGAUCCUGGACCUGCUGCUAUACUCAGGUGUGGAGGUAAAGAGAGCUCUGAGCUCUGAUCUCCCCCUGCUGGACGCUCUGAAAAUCACAACCUUCCCGUCCAUCUACCUGCUUCACCCUAAUGGAACACACGCACACCUGCACGUUCAGAAGAAGCUGCGUUUCUUCUUCUCCUCCUUGUUGCGGACGUUACCAGGAGUUCAGCGCAGGUCGAAGUGGGGCAGCAGUUCCAGCGGUGGUCAGAUGGGGGCGCUUCCAGACAAACAGAGCACAGAGCCCUGGAGGGACUUCGACAGGUCGAAGGUGUACACGGCUGAUCUGGAGUCAGCCCUCCACUACCUGCUGAGAGUCGAGCUGGCUACCCAUAAUACCCUGGAGGGGGAGGAGCUGAAGAUCUUUAAGGACUUUGUCACUUUGGUUGCAAAGGUGUAUCCAGGAGGAGGUUCUGUCGUGAAGCUGAUGGAGACGCUCUCUGAUUGGCUGAUCAGUCUGCCGCUACAGCGAAUCCCGUACCAGGCCAUCCUAGACCUGGUGGACAACAAGAUGAGGAUCUCAGGUGUGUUCCUUGGGGCGGAGCUUCGCUGGGUUGGUUGCCAGGGCAGCAGGGCGGGGCUUCGAGGUUAUCCAUGUGCCCUCUGGACUCUGUUUCACGUCCUGACCGUCCAACAUGAUGCCACGCCCACUGCACUGGAAAACACAGGUCUGGAGGGCGAGGCUGCGCCGGUGCUGCAGGUGAUGCGUCGGUACAUCAGGACGUUCUUUGGCUGCCAGCAGUGUGGCCGACACUUUGAACAGGCCGCCGCUGUCAGUAUGGAGCGAGUCCAGAACAAAGAGGACCAGAUCCUGUGGCUGUGGGACCAACACAACAGGGUUAACUACAGACUGGCUGGCUCUCUGAGCGACGACCCCCUCUUCCCUAAAGCACCGUGGCCGAGCCCCUCCCUCUGCUCCUCCUGCCACGAGGAGAAGAAUGGUGUCCACGUCUGGAAUCAUGAAAACGUCCUCCUCUUCCUCCGGCAACACUACGGAGCCUCCAACCUGUCCCCCAAAUACUCGCUGACUCCCCCACGGAUCCCUGCACCCUCUCCUAAUCCUGAUCCUGUACAGACCAGCCUUCCCCAGAAGGAGCACCAAGGAGGAGGAGGAGGAGGAGCAGGAGAGAGGAAGGAGCCGCAGAGGAAAGCUGAUGAGCACCCGGAGACUCGACCCGGACACCAGGCUCAGAGGGGGGAGGAGAGGGGGCAGGUGUUGGGUCUGGGAGGGGGAGGUGAGGGCGGAGGAGCAGCAGGAGGAGGUGUUUGGAUUUUGGGUCUUGGUUUUAAUAGUGUGGACAUGAGUCUGUGUGUGGUCCUGUACAUCUGCUCCUGCCUCUUCCUCAUGCUCCUCUUCUUCUUCUUCAAAGUCCGAUCCAGGAGGUGGAAACUCCGAUAUUCUCGCCUCCACGUUUGACCAGGACCAAAAACGUUUACCAGACACGGAGGACCAGACCGGUUUAUACAGCACCUGACCAUGUCAGUCAGACCAGACCAGCUGACGCAGGACCAACUGGUCUUGACUGGCUUGACCCAGCUGUGCCUGAAGGUUUCACUGUGUCACACCUGUUGACAGUAUUAGAGGGUCAGUCCCCCCAACAACAGAAAAAGAGUCCUAGUUGUAUCGGGACCAGGACCUCACCAGUCUGCUGCCUGUUAAACGUGUGAGGAUGUGUUUUUAUCUACCAUCUACGGUCUAACAUGCCAGAUUUUGGAAGCUGGUCUGGAUUUGUUGUAUUUAAAGAAUCAGUUUUUAAAUCUGGAACCUCAGGUUGGAUUUAUUUAUUGUUAGAUGUAAAACUGGAUCAGACUGUAUCCUGUGAGCAGGUGAGCAGGUGUAUGUUCAGGGCUGUACGUCAGACCUAGACUGAACCUGCAGGUCUGGACCGGUUGGUCCGGGCCAGGUGGACCGGGUUUAAACCUUCCAGAACUCAGCAGGAGGGCCGUGGGCAUGAGGAGAGACCAGCAGACUACUGGGACUGAACUGGACCAGAAUGCUUCUGCUGUGUUCUCUGUGCCACAUCCUCUUUGACAAAUGACACACCUGUCCUCUCAGGCCCCGCCUCCUCCAUCUACAAACACUGGACUGCGUGUGUGUGCGUGCGUGCGUGCGUGCGAUGUCAUUAAAUAAACUGUACUUCUCUUAACUGUGAAACAUGACCCCAUCCUGAUGAAUUGAUUUACAGACAGACUGAUUGAUUGAAGGUGUCAUUGAUCAGCUGAUCAGUCAGGCUUGUUUUAAAGCGUCGAUCCUGCAGAUUUGUGUUUUUGGUGGAUCUGGCGCCUCCCUGUGGUGACUGCAGACACAAACUGUGAGUGAGUCUGAAAUCCAGUUAAAAAGCAUCUGAUGACUUCAGCUGAGAUUUGGUUUUUAAUAUGAUCACAUCUUCAAUAACGAUCCCUUCAGUUAUACAUGUGACUACGAUGUGCACAGAGAGCCACAACCAACCACUUCGCCUGAAACAGAAAUCAAACUAAAUGUUUCUCCAGUUGAGGAAAGGAAGGAUGACUCGCACAUGGAAACUGAAAUAAGAAUUUUGUAUUUUGCAGAACAUUCUGAAUGUGGAUUUUAUUGUCUUCUCCAGAAUCAGACACAAAUCACUACAUUUAAAGCGAUUUAAAACUGAUUUUCAGGCAUUGAAUUUUAUAUUAUUUCAAACCUUUCCAGGGUUUUCCAGGACUUUUAGACCCUGUUAAAGUUUUUACAGGAGAACGGCAGCAGUCAGCUACACUGAGUGGUUAGUGCUGACAAAUCAUCAGGCAGAACACUGAGUCACUCAGUGAUGUCAUCGAUCUGCUGAUGAUGUCAUAGUGAUGCUUUUCUCAAACGGGACAAAAAUAUAUGAAACAAAAUGUUAUUUGACUUAAUAAUAAUCAGCUGAAUGUGAUGAAGGUCAUGUGACCUCACAUCUCCAGAACAAGUUGUACACAAAGGCGAUUAAGUCCUGUCUUUACUUUAUUACAGUUUCUUGAAUUAAAAAUCAGACUUUUCUUUUGAGGGCAAUUUCAGCCAGAAAUGAGAAGGAGACAUUCAAGUUAUAAGAGAAAAUGACAAAUAAUUAUUACAAGGCAGAGUUUAAUCAGACUACAGUUAAAUGUCAUUGAGAAAUGGUCAGUUAUAAACAAUGAUUUAUUUUUAAAGAUUAGAAAUAAUACAUUUAAUAGUGUAUUUUAUUUUUACUCUGGUUCAGUUUUGAAAUGUUAGAAUUAAAAACAUAAGUCCAUCCAUUAUCUAUACAUAUACUUUGCAGGGUCACGGGGGGCUGGAGCCUAUCCCAACCGUCUCUCGGGUGAAGGCAGGGGACACCCUGGGCAGGUCGCCAGCCUCAAAUUCUCAAAUUUAAAUUUUUAAAUUGAAAGAAAACAUAAAAGUGUAAUAAAAGAUGCAAAACGUGAUAAAUGAUCAUAAAGCUACUCAGAAGCUUACAUUUGAAAACUAAAUUGAAAUGUACCAAAAAAAAAAAAAAGGUUUUCACAAAGGACGAUUUAAAUUUGAACAUUUUUAUUGAAGAUUUUUUGAUUUCAGGUUUGUAAAUUUCAUUUUUUGUUACAGAGUACGUUGUCAUUUAGAUAUUUAGUUUCUUUAUUUACAGUUAAGAUAAGUAAAAUAAUGUAAAGUGAUAGAUUUCUGCCAUUUUCUUUUAAAAUUUCACCUUUUUUCAUGGUCAUUCAUGUUACUUAUUUGUCUUAAUAAUUUAUUUUCACAUUUGAUUUCUUUCUGGCUAAAAUGAUCCUCCAUUCCUGCCACGUCAGAGUGCUGUGAACAGUUUCAUCAGUAUCAUCAGGUGUCGUCUGGUGGCUUCAGGUAAACUGACCUUUUUGAGGCCCUGCAGUGUUAUUCAUCAGUCUUUCAUGUAUUUAUUAGUAGUUUGUAUUUUUCUGGAGGAAACGUUUGUGCUAUGAGUUUCACGGAGUGACGAGUCGGGAGCUGCUGCCGUGGAUCUGUUCGGUCUGUGGUGGUGACAGCUGAUGGAUAUUUGUCUGCCGGUACCUGAACACACCGUCCCUCCAUCUCACAGCCUCACUGCGACUUGAACAUCAAACAAACUGAUGAAGAACUGUUUAAACUCUGCUCCUGCUUCUGUUCAAUGCUUCCUUUAGUUUGUAUUUUUUUAAAUUAUUAUUUUAACGAGAUGGAAAUAACCCCUCUGAAUAAACCACGUUGCUGCAAUG